GUAGUCAUGCUCCCCUGCAUCCUUCGAAGAACUUGAAUAUUCUCGAUCAUUCUUAUCGCCACCGAUUUUUAGCAGAAAUGGCUACAAUACUUGCAUCUCCAAAUUUACAUUUUAAUCAUCAUCCUCUUUUUUCUUCUUGUUCCUCUUCAUCUUCAUCUCCUGUUUUGUUGUCUUUGAUUUGUUGGUCUUCUAACGCUCAGCCUUUUGCAUUAUCUUCUCAAAAUUCCAGUUUUCUCAGUUCAGGGUUUAGGUCCCAUGAAAUUGUGUUCGUCAGAAAUAGCACGGGAAAAUCAAUGGGGGUUCGAAUGUCGUGGGAUGGUCCUCUCUCUUCAGUUAAAUUGAUUAUUCAAGGCAAAAAUUUAGAGUUAACACCAACAGUGAAGGACCAUGUGGAAAAGAAGUUGGGUAGGGCAGUUCAAAAGCAUAGCCACUUGGUGAGGGAAGUGGAUGUUAGACUAUCGAUGCGCGGUGGUGAAUUGGGGAAAGGACCCAAAGUUCGUAGAUGUGAGGUGACUUUGUUUACAAAGAAGCAUGGAGUGAUCAGGGCAGAGGAGGAUGCUGAGUCACUUUACGGGAGUAUUGAUUUGGUGUCAUCUAUUAUACAGAGGAAGUUGAGGAAAAUUAAGGAGAAAGAUUCGGAUCAUGGUCGCCACAUGAAGGGUUUUGAUAGGCUAAACGUUAGGGACCAUGGUGUGCUGGUAGCAGUUGAUGAUUUAGCAGUGGCUCCUCAAGAAGAAGAGGGGGAGGAUGUCAUUGAUGAGAUUGUUCGCAUUAAAUACUUUGAUAUGCCACCCUUAAGUGUUGCUGAGGCAAUCGAGCAGCUUGAAAAUGUUGAUCAUGACUUC